CCACGCCGUCCCUUGUUCAUUAUGGUCUCUACGUCACUCGCAGCCGUCCUCCUCUCGCUGUGCAUGUCGAUCUCCGCAGCCUUUCAGGUUCUUUCUCCCUCAUCAGACCUGCGAGGAGCUCAGACUUCUCUGCAUGCCUUGACGAAGCGCUCGCGGCGGCGGAAGGUGGACACAUCGACGUUCUCCGGUGCGCUGGUGAUGCUGCCUCGGAAGGUGCGGCGUGAGCUGCCAAAGCUGAUAGAGGAGACGAGGCAGCUGGAGCUGAGGAGGAAGGAGGAGGAGAGGGAGGCAGAUCCGGUCAGCCACGACCCGCAGGUGCCGACCAUCUACACGAUUGCAGAAGCUGGUCAGCCAAACGCACAAACAUAACAGAGCCUGGCUCCUCUGUCCCAGCGCGUGUGCGGGUGUAUGUGUGUGUGUGGUCUGCUGCCACCUUUGUUGUGUGAUGUGGCUGACCAUGCAGGUGACUUGCACAAGGCGGAUGGCAUCUCCGCGAUGCGCGUCAAGUACUGCAGCGAUGUGACCGACUUUAUUGUGCUGAUGCACGGGCACUCGGUGCCGCAGAACAAGGCCAUUGCCAAUGCCAUAGAGGACGCCAUGGCCCGGAAGCAUGGCAUCGAGGCCAAGAGGAGAGACGGCAGUGUUGAUGGCGGCUGGCUGGUGCUGGACUACGGCUCCAUCCUUGUCAACAUAAUGACACCGAAGAAGAGGGUAGGGUAACUUAUCCCCACGCACAAUCUCAUGGACUGAUCCGUCUGAGUCGAUUAUAUGUGUUGAUGGCCGAACUGCAGGAGUACUACAAUAUGGAGGGUCACUGGCGCAAACAAGGCAGCGAGCCGGUGCCAUUGGCACACGUGCUCAGGAGCGAUGUGCGCGAGGGGUAUUCGACCGGCCGGGACGUCACAUACGGCGGGGGCAAUCGCCAGCAGCCGUGGGAAGAGGAGGAGGUGGACCCCUUCUGGUCAUGAUGGGUGGAUGGGGGUGCUGGUCUAGACAUCCUUGCCAGCCCUCUCUAGUCUGCAGUGUGCCCUCGUGUUCAUAGCUUCCUAGACCUGCCUGAGAAUUGACUCUGCCAGUGGUAUGCGUGCAGUUUUGCGUCUUUUUGUCGUUUCGUGGCUGCCUGACUGACUGGAAUGUGCGUGUGUGUCUAUCCAUGUCAGCAUCAUGAAGUGGUGAUGAGAG